AUGACUUUGUGCUUUCAUUCACAGGAGGAAACCGAGUGUCCGUCAUCUCUCUCUGUUAUCAAAGAGAGGACAGCAGGUGAAACUAUAGAGGAUGACUUCUUCCCACCUGAUGAUCUGUCUUCUGAUGAAGAAUAUUAUAUCGAAGAAAGUAAAGCAACCCAGUUCAAGAAAUCAGGCAUGAGGCGCAUAGAUGAUAUCAAGAAGGCAUUUUCAAGGGAAAAUAUCCAAAAGACGAGACAAAAUUUUGGCAAGAAGGUAAACAGGCUUCGAACUAGAAUAGUGACCCCUGAGAGGAGAGAGAGGAUCAGGCAGUCAGGAGAGAGACUGAAACAAUCUGGCAUAAGGAUCAAGAAAACCAUUUCACAAGCUGCCCCAACAAAGGAGACGUUCAAGAUCCAUAAAAAAAAUAAAGAACGAACAGGAGCCGAAGGUCAGGAGGGGAUCCAGGAAGCCAGUGUGCACAUCGACUCUGAGCUUGCAGCAGCAGAGCCCUUCACUGAAGAAAUCUCUUACACAGAAGUGAUCACUAAGGUAAAGAAAGACAAGAAUAGUACAACAAAAGGUGCUUCCCAGUCAACUGAAAAAGGCAUGACAAUGCCAGAAGUUGUUCUUAAGCAGGAAGGAAAAGAAGGAGGAGGACGUGAUGAUGUCCCUUUGCUAGACUUAAAGCAAUCGGCAUAA